AUGUCCGUCAAGUUCGAAGACGUGCAAAAUGCCGCUACCGCGGCUGCCACGGCCGCCGACACAUCCCUCCGGGCAGACACAAAGGAAUUGGCGCAUAAGGUCGGCGAGCGCCUGACCGGGGGCAAUCCCCAGACUGGAUACCUCGCUAUGUACCUACGAGAGCUUCAGGCCAACCCACUGCGCACGAAGAUGCUCACCUCCGGUGUCCUCUCUUCCGCGCAAGAGUUCCUCGCAUCUUACCUUGCCAACGAUGUGAGCAAGCACGGCCACUACUUCAGCUCCCGAGUCCCCAAGAUGCUUCUGUACGGCAUGUUCAUUAGCGCCCCCCUCGGUCACGUCCUUGUGGGCAUUCUUCAGAAGGUCUUCGCGGGUCGCACCAGCUUGAAGGCUAAGGUUCUCCAGAUCCUCGCCAGCAACCUGAUUGUUUCCCCAAUCCAAAACGUGGUCUACCUGACCUCUAUGGCAAUCAUCGCUGGUGCCCGCACUUUCCACCAGGUCCGCGCCACCGUCAAGGCCGGUUUCUUCCCCGUCAUGAAGGUCAGCUGGAUCACCUCGCCGCUGGCUCUGGCCUUCGCCCAGAAGUUCCUCCCUGAGCACACCUGGGUGCCUUUCUUCAACAUCGUCGGGUUCUUCAUUGGAACCUACGUCAACACUCACACCAAGAGAAAGCGCCUGGAAGCGCUGCGAAAGCGUUACAAUUCCGGCCGCGGAGGUCCCGGCAGCGAGUACGAGAAGGGACCCGGACCCGACUACCGAUAG